AGAAUAUAAUGUUCUUGUAUCGAAGUGCAUCAUUUGAUUAAACUUUGAUUGCUUCAAGCAGAAACUAGUUUGUGUCUCUACAUAACCUUCCACGAGCAGAGAGGAAUGCAAACUAGAAAGGGCAGAUCAUAGCUCACACCCCUCCCAUCUGACACAGAGUGAGUCCCACACAGUUGCACCGUCACUCCUUAUCUAUCCGACAGCUUUGAUGCAAGGCUCCCUGACCCCUCCGUGUGUGUGUGUGCGUGUGCGUGCGUGUGCGUGCGUGUGUGUGCGUGUGUGUGCGUGUGUGUGUGUGUGUGUGUGUGUGUGUGUGUGUGUGUGUGUGUGUGUGUGUGUGUGUGUGUGUGUGUGUGUGUGUGUGUACACAUACACGUACACGUACACGUGCCUGUUAGGUAGAGACAGGGGCAGAGCAGCAGACAGAGCUGAGACUUUGCGACCAGAUCUGGAAUUGGAGGGAAUGUCACAGCAGCUGCUGCUGCCUUGCGUUAACAGGCUAUUACUCUUGACAGAGGACAAUAACAUUGACUCACUCACAGAGGACCUCCAUUGCUUCCACAGUUUUUUUGUUUGUUUGUUUUUGUUUUUUUAAUGUGUCAACUGCAACAUUCAAGUGGAUAAUACUGGAUUGAGAGUUGUUUUUGGGUAUAUGAGUGCCCCAUCUUGUCUGGAGCGAGGAUGAGGAUGAGGGAGCGGUGUUUGCAUCAGGAUCCUGACCUUAGGAAGGAGUUGGCUCUCCUGGCUCGUGGAUGUGAUUUUGUUCUGCCCUCUCGGUUCAAGAAGAGGCUCCGAGCCUUCCAACAAGGACAGGCCCAGGUGAGGACGGAGGAGCCAGUUACCACUGCACUUAGUGAAAGCAUUCCCAAGUUUUACUUCCCACAGGGCCGGCCCCAAGCCAACCUCAACAUCGACUGCCUCAUUUCCAAAAUUGAGAAAAUAUUUUCACAAUUUCCAAAUGAAAGGGCCACCAUUGAAGACAUGGGGCCAGUCGCCAAGGCUUGUGAGUGUCCCCUCUACUGGAAAGUGCCAUUGUUCUGCUCAGCUGGAGGCGACAGGACGGGUUUCGUGUCCGUUCACAAGUUUGUGGCCAUUUGGCGAAAAACUCUGCAGACCUGUCACGAUGAUGCUUCUAAAUUUGUGCACCUCUUGGCCAAGCCUGGCUGUAAUUACCUGGAACAAGACGACUUUAUUCCGUUCCUGCAGGAUGUGGUGAACUCACAUGCUGGUUUGGCCUUUCUAAAAGAAGCACCGGACUUUCACUCACGAUACAUCACCACGGUGAUUCAAAGGAUAUUCUACAACGUGAGCCGGUCGUGGACGGGAAAAAUAACAUGCUCUGAGCUCAGGAAAAGUAACUUUCUUCAGAAUGUGGCGUUGCUGGAGAAGGAGGAAGACGUGAACCAGCUGACAGAAUUCUUCUCUUACGAGCAUUUUUAUGUGAUCUACUGCAAGUUCUGGGAACUGGACACCAAUCAUGACCUCUACAUUGACCAGAAAGACCUGGCACGGCACAGUGACCAAGCUAUUUCACAGAAAAUGAUUGAGAGAAUUUUCUCUGGAACAGUAACAAGAGAGAGGCGGGCAUUUAAGGAAGGAAGACUGAGUUAUGCUGAUUUUGUUUGGUUCCUCAUCUCAGAGGAGGACAAGAAGACCGACACCAGCAUAGAGUACUGGUUCCGCUGUAUGGAUCUGGACGGGGACGGCGUGCUCAGCAUGUACGAGCUGGAGUAUUUCUAUGAGGAACAGUGUCAAAAACUGGAGGCCAUGGCCAUCGAGCCCCUUCCCUUUGAGGACUGCCUCUGCCAAAUGCUUGACCUCGUCAAGCCCGAGGUGGAAGGUAAGAUCACUCUGCGGGACCUGAAGAGGUGUAAGAUGGCGCACAUCUUCUAUGACACGUUCUUCAACAUUGAGAAGUACCUGGACCACGAGCAGAGGGACCCUUUCUCUGUGAUCAGGGAGGCUGAGACAGACGGCCAGGAGGUGUCCGACUGGGAAAAAUAUGCCGCCGAGGAGUAUGACGUGCUGGUGUCUGAAGAGGUGGCCAACGAUGUUUGUAAUGAUGUGUACGAUCAUGCUCUGAGCCCUUUAGGGCAGCACAUCUCCAGUGAGCUGGGUCUGACGAAGAGACACUUUUUUGAGAUUCCCGGUCCACACUGCGACUUGGACGAAUACGAGUAUGAAGAUGACUUUGAAUGACGGCACGGCGCGCUUCACUCCUCGCUGUUCCAAAUCGUGUGUGGCUGUGAUUUAUGGCAGAACGGCGUCGUGCAGAGACGCCAAAACCAAACAACGAUCUGAAGAAACAAACUCAGUCCGGUUUUCUGCGUACACAAAACGAGUCACAUUUGAUUUAUAAUUUAGAAAAAACAAUUAAUUCUACAGCGACACUGUUUGUUUUUAUCUCAUGAUCUUCUCAUCAGAAAAGUUAGUUUAAUUCAGGAAUCAAACUUCUGGGCCGAGACAUUCCACUGAUCAUAUCACAGAUUGAUUUUUAUGAGGCUGUAAGAUUUUCUGUAAACGCCAAACAAGCCACGACGAAAGCAUAGCCACACCUGGACACAUCUGUAUUCAGAAUUAGGAUUUUAAUGGAUGUCAGAGUUGAGGUUUUAAAUUAUUAAAUGCAUUUCUGUACAUGUUUAUUUUGAGUUUGCAGUGUUUGUAAAUGACAUGGAGUUUUUAUGUAAUAAAGAACUUUAACUGAAUGUGUUUUGGCCUAAAAAACUGAACAUUUUACUUUAAAUGAAUAAAGCAGCUUUGGUUAAUGAAA